CUCGUCGUCUUCUUCGUGUCCGCUCUUUGGGCCUCGCGCGCGCGCAGCCGCGCACGGGCUGCGUGUGGUGGAUCCACCAACGUCGAGGAUCCUGUGAGCCAGCGCGUGCAUGCCGCCGCAGUGGGGUUUAUUUAUGAUCGCGCGCUCGUUCUCGCACGCACGCGGCGAGCGCUCGCGGGUCGGCAGCCGGCCAUAUAUACGUUCGCCUCGCGCUGAGCCUCUCCUUGCUUGCGUGCUCACUGUCGCUGACUGCUCUCUCUGCUUGGCGUGUCGAUCGAUCUUGUGCUUGUGCUGAUCAGCUAGCUGCUCCAACUUCGCGUUGGUGCUUUAGUGACGGAUUCACCGGCGGCAAUGAGGAGGUUUAGUGCCAUGGCGCUAGCGUUUGCAGUGGUCGUGAUGAGCUCGUGCGUUGCUGAUGGCGUCAGGACGAUACCAGCAGGUGUGCAAGGUUCAGCCGGUGGCCUACACAACGGCGGCACGGCUCCAUCUGCUGCUGCUGCGAACGGGAGCACCACCACCGCCUACGACGACAGAGGCACCGGCGGCCAGACGGCGACGUUCCAGGUGCAGCAGGGCGCACAGCCGGAGGAAGAGACGACGACGGAGAUGGGCAACGCGGCGGAGGCGGCGACGGGAUCGCGGCUGCCGGACUGCACGCACGCGUGCGGGCCGUGCUCCCCGUGCCGGCGCGUGAUGGUGAGCCUCCGGUGCGCCGAGGCCGCGGAGUCGUGCCCCGUCGCGUACCGCUGCAUGUGCCGCGGCAGGUUCUUCCGCGUGCCCACCCUCUAGCCAGCCGAGUUCGCGUCGCGCGGCCGUGCGCCCGUGCGUGCGACGCCGACACGUUGAUGGGUGGAUAGGUAGAGAGAGGAUUUUCUAAUGCCGCGUUGUAUUUUGUACUCCUAGGCCCUAGCACGCGUGUGGGCAGGUAGGCUGCCGGCCAGCAUCUACGCGAGCACGCUUGCUGCACUAGCUCUCGUCCCUUUCUUUUGCACUUUUGUUUUGGCUAGUUAUAGUUUUGCACUUUUGGCUGUCCUUGGUAGAGUACGUAAUUAACCUGGGCGUGAACUUUUGUCGAUCAUUUUGUUCCUUUGUUGGUAUGGCCUAAUAUUUAGGCCGUUCUGGCGUUCUCUGAUGCAGAACACUAACGGUUUGUAUGGCUAAUCGGGAGGCAGAAAAUGCCGAAAAAACGGGACGCUGGCUGAACACCGUGUCAGGCAGCAGUGGAUUUGUUUAUGUGUAGCGGUUCUGGUGAUGGUCUGGCACUCUGGCACUCGCAUGCAUGACACCAUGAGAGAGCGCACACAGGCAACCUGCACGGCUGCAUGAUCAUUGAUCCAGCCUGCAACCUCAAUACACCAGCUCGUCCGUAUCAGCCGUUGCAUAUGCCAUGGACCUUGUUUUUUUCAGAUAAAGAGUUGAGUUUGCUACCAGUAUAGUUUUUCAACGAAGAGUAACAAAGUACAGGCGGACACGGUGUGACCCGGGAGACCAAAAAAGAUUGCCUAGGAUGUUUAGCACCGUCAAAAGAGAGAGUUGUACGUACAAUACAGCAGAGAGAGAGGCAUCAGUUGUUCAGCCAUUACAGACGCAGAGCCGCCACAACAAUGUGUUGCAAUUCCGCCCGGCCAUGCAUUUCUAACGACAACCAAGUGCAGAGCCUACUUGAAAAUUACCGAGGCACCAGGGAGGGUUACAAGUAAACCAUUUUUCCCUCCAGAUUUGCCAGCUAUCGAUCUGUCUGUCAUAUACACAAACAAGGGCGAGGAAGCCGUCGAGCAAAGGUUGGAUGCUUUGUGAUUUUGUCUUUCGUUUCUUUUACCUCGGGCCGGACAGCUCCAUUGCCCGGAGAUUGUAGGUCGAGUCGACGAUCCAGUCGUUGUGGCGGGGGGCCAGCUCCGCCUCCUGCCGGACCACCUCCACCUUCUGCCACUCCUCCCACCGCUCCGCGAGGCCA